CCGGCUCAGGAAGUCCGCCCGUGCCUCAUUGCCCGCCACACCCGCUGUCCCCGCAGGGCCGCAAGUGGUGGAUGGGCGCUGAGGAACCCUGGCAGACGCUGGCCUGCUGUAUGGAGGUGGCGAGUGCCGUGCGCUCCUCCGACCCUGCUGCCUACGUCUCCCACCUCCCCGUCCAUCAGGACGGCUCUUGCAACGGCCUACAGCAUUAUGCUGCCCUGGGCCGCGACAGCGUGGGCGCCGCCUCUGUCAACCUGGAGCCCGCGGAUGUGCCCCAGGAUGUGUACAGCGGCGUGGCUGCGCAGGUGGAGGUGUUCCGUAGGCAGGACGCGCAGCGGGGCACGCAGGUGGCACAGAUGCUGGAAGGUUUCAUCACCCGCAAGGUGGUGAAGCAGACGGUGAUGACUGUGGUAUACGGGGUCACCCGCUACGGCGGCCGUCUGCAGAUUGAGAAGCGCCUCCGGGAGCUGACCGACUUUCCCCAGGAGUUCGUGUGGGAGGCCUCCCACUACCUCGUCCGCCAGGUCUUCAAGAGUCUACAAGAGAUGUUCUCGGGGACCCGGGCCAUCCAGCACUGGCUGACUGAGAGCGCCCGCCUCAUCUCCCACAUGGGCUCCGUGGUGGAGUGGGUCACACCCCUGGGUAUCCCCAUCAUCCAGCCCUACCGCCUGGAGCUCAAGGUCAAGCAAGUACGAGGUGGGAUUCAGAGCAUCACCUACACUCACAACGGAGACAUCAGCCAGAAGCCCAACACGCGUAAGCAGAAGAACGGGUUCCCGCCGAACUUCAUCCACUCGCUGGACUCCUCGCAUAUGAUGCUCACUGCCCUGCACUGCUACAGGAAGGGCCUGACCUUCGUCUCUGUGCACGACUGUUACUGGACCCACGCGGCUGAUGUCACCGUCAUGAACCAGGUGUGCCGGGAGCAGUUUGUCCGCUUGCACAGUGAGCCCAUCCUGGAGGACCUGUCCAGGUUCCUGGUCAGGCGGUUCUGCCCUGACCCCAGACCCCAGAAGCUCUCCCGGUGCUGGGAGGCCAGCCAGCUGAAGGCGACACUGCAGGCAGUACCCAAGCCAGGGGCCUUCGACCUGGAGCGGGUGAAGCAUUCCACCUACUUUUUCAGCUGACACCCGGCGGGCCUUGUGCCAGUGUGUAAAUAAAAAUCUUUUCCCACCUCCA